CACACGUAACCACUCCACCCCUCUCCAACGGUCCGGGAUUCCUUCCAUUCCGCGUCUACAUGGAAGGAAUUUUUAACUUUCCUGCGACCAAUUUUGGGGGAAAAAACAUUUAAAAAUACAGAUAUCUGUCUUAUAAGUUAGAAACUGUGAGCAUACAGUCGUUUAACUUUGUGAAUCAAUUUAUUUUUUAUUAAUGAAAAACUGUAACCCCCAGAGGAGGAAACACUAGUCAGCUCUCCGUGUUAUUUAGCUCAGCUGUGGUUCGCUCUCGUCCGCUUCCUGAAACUGUUUUAUUAUCCGAAAUGAAAAGAAACGGCGCGUACAGGUUUCUGUCAGUGUUCUCCUGUUUCAUCGUUUGCGCCUUUUUGUUUCUUUUCUGGUCUUUCGUGUUUUACUCCAUGCUGCGGGCGCCGUAAAUGACUAAAGCUGCUAAGCUAAAAGGGAGCAUGCUACCUUCCCACAAUUCCUUGCUUUGUUGACAACUUCUGCGAUCACGUGAUCCACCUCACCAGGAAGUGGCAGUUGAGGAGCUCGUUUCAUCUGAAGUUACAAUGACGUCUGACAUCGGUGGAACGCCGUCGUCCGCUGCAGACCUCAAGCUGCAGUUUGCCCCCUUCAGCAGCGCCCUGGAGGCCGGCUUCUGGCAUCAGCUCACUCAAAAGAAGCUCAAUGACUACAAAUUGGAUGAAAGCCCCAAAUGCAUCAAAGGAUAUUACUACAACGGCGACCCCGUGGGCUUACCCACUCGCCUGACUCUGGAGUUCAGCGCAUUUGAUGUUGAUGCUCUGACACCAGCGCGCUGCUGUCCAGCUGUUGGGACGCUGUACAACACCAACACACUGGAUGCCUUUAAAAACAUCGAUAAGAGAGCUCUGCUGGAGAAAGAAGCCAAAGAGAUGUGGAACGCUAUAUGUUCUGGAGCUGCAUUAAAGGACCAAUCUCUCCUCAGCAGAUUUAUUUUACUGACCUUUGCGGACCUGAAAAAAUAUCAUUUUUACUACUGGUUCUGCUUCCCUGCACUUUGUUUUCCUGAGGGAAUAAAGAUAAUCCAGCAGCCUUCCAUCCUGGAGCACAUUUUCUCACCAAAACAGGUUACAGCGGUGAAGGACGCCUACGAUGACCUGUGUAUCAAAAAAGGCGCUACAGCGGUUCCAUAUUUCCUGAUGAAGUACACAGAUCACACUGUUCAGAUGGCUCCACUUGAAGACUGGGAGACCUUUUUCACCACGACAGAGAAGGUGACUGUGGGCUUCUAUGAUCCGUGUACUCUGUCUCAACAUCCUGGCUGGCCUCUGAGGAAUCUGUUGGCCCUCUUGGCUCACCAGUGGGGUUCCAAGUUGGACGUGGUGGAGGUGCUGUGUUUCCGAGACAGAACCCUGCAGGGAAGCCGCUCCAUUCAGCACAGUGUCAUCUUCCAGAUCCAGUUACCUGAACUCUCCAGCCAUUCCGGUUGUCCUAAAAGUGUAGGUUGGGAAAAAAACGCAAAGGGAGCCAUGGGACCCAGGAUGGUCAACCUGAGUGAGUGCAUGGACCCCAAAAGGCUUGCAGAGUCAUCCGUGGACCUGAACCUGAAGCUGAUGAGGUGGAGGCUGGUUCCGUCCUUGGACCUGGAUAAAGUGGUCAACACCAAGUGUCUCCUUCUAGGUGCUGGGACAUUGGGCUGCAAUGUGGCACGUACUCUAAUGGGAUGGGGCGUGAGACACAUCACGUUUGUGGACAACGCAAAGAUCUCCUACUCCAAUCCUGUCCGGCAGCCGCUGUAUGAGUUUGAGGAUUGCCUUGGAGGAGGGAAGUCCAAAGCCACAGCAGCAGCCGACCGCCUUACCAGAAUCUUUCCUGGUGUGAAUGCGAAGGGUUACAACAUGAGCAUCCCGAUGCCUGGCCACCCCAUCAAUUUCUCACAGGCCACUCUUGCUCUGGCCCAAAGGGAUGUGGAGCAGCUGGAGAAACUCAUUUCAGAGCAUGAUGUGGUUUUCUUGCUUAUGGACACCAGGGAGAGCCGCUGGCUGCCUACGGUGAUCGCUGCCAGCAAGAGGAAGCUGGUGGUGAACGCCGCUCUGGGCUUUGACACGUUUGUCGUGAUGCGUCACGGCCUCAAGAAGCCGCCCGCCAGUCAAGGGGUUUCCACGGGGACCGACUCCUCCCCUUCCUGCUCGUCCGCUUCUUCUUCGUCAUCCACACCAGCUGGCUCCGCUCCCAGCGUCCCCGGCUCCUCCCUCUUCUCCAACAUCCCGGGACACAAGCUGGGAUGUUAUUUCUGCAACGAUGUUGUGGCGCCAGGAGAUUCUACUCGGGAUCGAACCCUGGAUCAGCAGUGUACCGUCAGCAGACCAGGCCUGUCCAUGAUAGCUGGAGCUUUGGCUGUGGAGCUGAUGGUGUCCAUGCUGCAGCACAGUGAAGGGGGAUACGCUGUGGCCAGCAGCAGUGACGACCGAAUGAAUGAGCCUCCCACAUCGCUGGGUCUGGUGCCGCAUCAGAUCCGAGGCUUUCUUUCAAGAUUUGACAAUGUCCUGCCUGCCAGCUUGGCCUUUGACAAAUGCACCGCCUGCUCACCCAUCGUCUUGGACAACUAUGAGAAGGAAGGUUUCAACUUUCUGUCCAAAGUGUUUAACUCAUCUCACUCGUUUCUAGAAGACCUGACAGGCUUGACUCUGUUGCACCAAGAGACACAAGCUGCAGAGAUUUGGGAUAUGAGCGAUGACGAGAGCAUCUGAAGUCCACCGGUGUGAAAAUAACCAGAGGAACUCCACUUCAGUUUUUUUUUUUUUUAAUGAAUGUCUUCUAUUUUUUGUUUAUUACGUUUCUUGCUCUUCAUCUUCAUGUGUAAAAAUGUCCCAUGAAUAGUGAGUUGUAACAGAGUUCACUGAAGAGACUUCUGGGUCCAAAUCUUACAAAAUACUCCAUUUUGUCCUUUCAAAAUAAGAGUUUGUCAACAGAAUGUCAACUGCAGACUGUCAUGAAUGUGGAAAGGAUUUGAUAUUUGGGAUUAAAUUGGGGAUUAUUUCUGUAAAACCAUUUAAAUUACUGGAAUUCGUGAACUUUUGUCUCUUGAGUGGUUUGUGUUGAUGUCUUCUCACUGUCUGUGUUCUUGUUUAAUGUUUACGGUGUAAUGGCAUGAAUAUUUCUACACUAUGCUCUGGAGGUUUAUACAAAGACGUAACAAUAAAGAGAUUUAAACCAUGGUAAAAAUG